ACUUCAGGCUUCCCUCCCCAUUGUAACCGAUGGGUAUAGCCGGUGAUUUUCCACUAUGAAUCUGAUGCUACUAACUCAUAUACACUGGGAGCCAAGAGCCUCUAUACAGUGUGAGCUGGGAUCUCAUGUAUACAGGACGUACGGAGUGUAUAGGAGCUGGGAGAGAGUGGCACAGGGAGCUGACACUCACCUACACACACACAGCUACAAGGGGACACCUGCAGAUACAUCACAGGAGCAGGCUUCACAAUGAGUAAUAAAGAGAAGCUUCAAUGCCUGAAGGAUUUCCACAAGGACAUUCAGAAACCUUCUCCAGGGAAGAGCCCUGGAACCAGACCAGAAGAUGAAGCAGAUGGAAAACCCCCUCAGCGGGAGAAAUGGGCCAGCAAGAUUGACUUUGUACUUUCAGUUGCUGGAGGGUUCAUUGGACUGGGCAACGUUUGGAGGUUCCCGUACCUCUGCUACAAAAAUGGCGGAGGGGCCUUCCUCAUCCCAUAUUUUAUAUUCCUGUUUGGGGGUGGGUUACCCGUGUUUUUCCUGGAAGUGGUUUUGGGACAGUUUACAUCUGAAGGAGGUAUAACCUGCUGGGAGAAGAUAUGCCCCGUUUUUACAGGAAUUGGAUAUGCCUCUAUUGUUAUUGUGUCCCUGCUAAAUGUGUACUACAUUGUGAUUCUUGCCUGGGGUGUUUACUACCUGUUCCAGUCAUUCCAAGGACAGCUGCCAUGGGCUCUCUGCCACCAGGCAUGGAACACAGAGAGUUGUGUGGAAGACUCUUUCAGGAAAAACAGGACCAUGUGGAUGUCAAUGAACUCUACCAACUUCACCUCUCCUGUUACAGAAUUCUGGGAGCACAAAGUUUUAAGCUUAUCAAAGGGAAUUGAUGAUGUUGGAGUACUGAAAUGGGAUCUAGCCCUGUGUUUGCUGCUGACAUGGGUCAUCUGUUUCUUCUGCAUCUGGAAAGGAGUGAGAUCCACAGGCAAGGUGGUUUACUUCACAGCCACGUUCCCCUUUCUCAUGCUCCUUGUACUAUUGAUCCGAGGGGUCACUCUGCCAGGGGCAGCAGAAGGGAUUAAGUUCUACUUGUACCCAGACAUCACCCGCCUGGCAGAUCCUCAGGUAUGGAUUGAUGCUGGGACCCAGAUUUUCUUCUCUUAUGCCAUCUGCUUGGGAGCCAUGACCUCCUUGGGCAGUUACAACAAGUACAAGUACAACUGUUACAGGGACUGUAUGCUGCUGGGAUGCCUCAACAGUGGUACCAGUUUUGUGUCUGGCUUCGCCAUUUUUUCCGUCCUGGGCUUCAUGGCACAAGAGCAAGGGGUGGACAUUGCAGAUGUGGCAGAGUCAGGUCCUGGCCUGGCCUUCAUUGCUUACCCCAAGGCAGUGUCCAUGAUGCCUCUGCCCUCCUUUUGGGCCAUCCUAUUCUUUAUUAUGCUUCUGCUGCUUGGACUGGAUAGCCAGUUUGUUGAAGUUGAAGGACAGAUCACAUCUCUAGUUGAUCUGUAUCCGUCCUUCCUACGGAAGGGUUACCGGCGAGAAAUCUUCAUCGCUGUAGUGUGUUUCCUCAGCUAUCUUCUGGGGUUAACCAUGGUUACUGAAGGUGGCAUGUACGUGUUCCAACUCUUUGACUACUAUGCAGCUAGUGGUGUUUGCCUCCUGUGGGUUGCAUUCUUUGAAUGCGUUGCUGUAGCCUGGGUUUAUGGCACUGAUAAAUUUUAUGAUAAUAUAGAAGAUAUGAUUGGAUAUAAACCAGGACCAUGGAUGAAGUGGAGCUGGACUGUGAUCACUCCUCUUCUCUGUGUGGGCUGUUUUAUAUUCUCAUUAGCCAAGUAUACCCCACUUACCUACAACAAGUAUUACGUCUACCCAGACUGGGCAAUUGGACUGGGCUGGGUCCUUGCUUUGUCGUCUAUGAUCUGCAUCCCCUUGGUCAUGGUGUUCCGCAUUGUACAUUCUGAUGGCUCUCUCAUCGAGAGGAUCAAAGCUGUUACAGCUCCCAGAGAAGUAAACCGCUGGGCCAAGAAUUCAGAAGAAGCUGCUCCAAUCUGCACAAAUGGAGGCUUUCAAACACCAACACAUGUUAUUGUGGAGACCAUGAUAUGACCAAGUGCCCAAGCUCCCUAGGGAGGGACAGUUGUGUUCUAAGCUCUUUACUAACCCUCUCCUUAGAUAAAGGAUGUCCAAUGUAAGGCCCUUUAGGUUUGGUUGAACCCCCCUUAUUUUGAGAGUAAGGUGCAGGGGGUUGUAUUCCAGUGUCAACUGGAGGCCUGCAGCUUGGCAAUCUCUGCCUUAGAAACAUGUUUAUGGAGAUCUCGAUUUGCACUAGAAUUCGAUUUUUUGGCUCUUGUGGAGUAUAUUGUGUUUUAUAUAUAUGUGUGUGCGAAAGUGCGUAUGGUAUAUUUUAUAGCGAGUGCCUAAUCUCUAGGUGCAGAGAAAGAUUCUCAUAUCACAGCAGUUUUUGAACAUGUUUAUAUAUCAUAUAUCCUUACACAGCAGUUGUAUGUGCAGCUGGAGUCUACCUUCUGUUAAGUUCUAAAGUCUACAGGGGCAGCAAUUAUUGUUAUAACAUCUGGAAAGAAGCUUUAUCCUGAUGAAGAAUAUUGAAAACUAGGAAAUUGAAAAGGCUUCACUGUGAAAGGGGCAGGAGUUUGUCAGUGAUUGGCACAUGAUUCAGUCAACAAUGAUGGCUUCCAAACCACUGUGCAGCUCUGCAGUCUGUGGGCCAUAAUUAAGUGGGGUAGUGGCGGUGAUGUGAAUUGGGGACUGGGUUUGCUCUGCUCUGGAAAUAUCAGGUGAUAUCUGAAGACUUCCCAGCUUUAUUCUCAACAGCAGCUCAACGCAGAAUAUUAAGUUAAUGAGAAAAGGAAAGUCUUGUGACGUUGCUGCUCAGAAAAUUGUUAGGUCACAGAGAAGAUUCAUUUGAUGUUUCUGUAGUCCUUUCUAAGCAGAGCAACAUCUUCUCAUUCUCACUUGCAUUCUACACAAUCUCUUCUAACCAAUGAUAUACCUACAGAACAGAAAAGACUUAAUACUGUAUGUCCUGUUAACCAUCUGAAUGUGCAUCUUCUGCUGAUGGUAAUUAUGGUAAUGGAAAUUUAUGAUAUUUGGAAGGUUUAGUAUUGAAAUGUGUGUGUCUUUGUAUAAUACACAUUAUUUUUUUUAUUUUUAUAGGAAAUUCCCCUUUAAUAUUCAUUGAGAAACAGAAUAAUUUAAUCCUUAAGAAGGCCCUUGAAAUUUUUUUUUUAUUAUUUUAGUUCUCUAAAAUUAGAAUAUUUCAGUUCAGUGUUCGGUCAUUUUGAGUACUUGUUAUUUGCCUGAGUGCAAAAUGUAAUGCUUCUGUGCAUCCCUAUUGAGUUGGAACUCAGCUCAAGGUCUGGCUUCUGGAUAAAUAUAUGGAAAGGCACCUAAACAGGCAAAUAAGUGCUUUUCAUUCUGUGUAUGCAAUUGAUGCUUGCCUUAUCCUCAUCACAGUACUGUGAGAAUGAUGGGAGUCAAGUUCCUUUAGCCCAUGUGAAGCUCAGUAGGGAACUAGGAAACUGGACGUAGUGUAAGGUAAACGAAGGCCUGAAAUUAUACGGCUGCUGUUCACAGAAUGUGGGAUAGCAUCCCCAUCCCUGGCAUGAACAAAAUAAGGAGCACUUAUUUCUAGCCUCUAAUUUGUUAACCAGAAUUACUGUUAAACCUUUAAAAAGGAAUUCAGAAAUCUACUUUUCUAAAGAUAAUGCUCUACUGUAACAGCUCAAAAUCCAAAGGUCACCCCUCCCAGAGCUGGCCAAACAAUAUCCCCUGUAUCUGCAAAAAGUGUAGAUAAACUGGAUAACCCUAUAUCUAUUAAUCCCUUUUUCCUUCAAUUGUUUCACAAAUAUGCCUGUAGAAGUGUCUUACCUUGACAAUGUUUGGCUGGAGUCAAGAAGGUAAAUGUCAUGGAAGAAUCUCCUGUAGUUGAGGCAGAAAUAUAUUCAGUACAUGAAGUCUUCCAGAAAUGACAUUGCAUCAAAUACAGUGGCCUUUUCUGAAUUCCAAAGGAGAGAUGAAUAAACUAUAAACAUUAUUUUUAGAGGCAGCAUACCCUAUUUUUAAUGACUAUAUGCCUUAUCUUCCAAUUACAGUUGGGUAUGGACAAUCGGUAUAUGGCAAAAUGUCAUGAAACUGCAAUUUCCAGCACCCCCUAACAGUGUUUGAAUGUCAGCGGGAUUCUGGGAUUUGUAGUUCCUCAUCACCUGGUAGGCCACAGGUUAACUGACCCUGCAGGGCAAACAACAUUCCUUCAAUAAAUACAUACAUUUAUACAAGAGUGCGACAUACUAUGACUUUCCAUCACAUCUUCUCCGUAGGCUUCAACAACCUAGAGGUCAAAAAGAGAUGUUCCUCUACUGGAGUCUAUACAGAAUAUAUCUUUACUAACAACAGCAAUAUGGCAGCUUCUACUUGCACAAAAGUAAAAGCUGCACUAAGCUGUGCCCUCAAUAUUGUUGACAAAAACCUGAAUUAGUGUUUGUAGUAUUGAGUAAGUAACCCUUGAUAUGCAAUUUUUUGACAUUUCAUAAGAAUUCUCUGUUCAUCAGUUGUUUCUUAAGCCCCCUACUGUUUUAAGAGAAUGAAGGGGUCUCACCUUUGGGUUAUAGCCAUACAUAGGUAGAAGACUAGGCUCAUUAAUGACACUUUAUACCCCCCCCCACAGCUGGAGUGGAUACUGACACUGGAUUCUUCUGUUACCCCAUAAGCUGCAGAACUGAGGGCACAGGCUUAAUUUGUAUCACAGUGUGUGUGUGUGUUAUCACUCGGCUGCCAUACUGUAACCUUAGGUGCUUUUGUAACCAACUUCCAUAAUAAACAGAUUAUUGAAACUUG